AACAGUUUCUAUAGAGACAGGUAAACAAUCAAUGCCUUAUGAUUUGAUAUCAAUUUUAUUGUGAUCGAAUUGUGAAUAAAUAUGGAUACACCAGGCCUGUUACCUAAUGAUCCCGAAUACAUAGAGCAGAAACGCGCAGAAUUGAGAGAGUUCUUUAAGGAUGCAAAAUUUCCUAAGGAAGUGUUAGACAAAGUAAUUGAAAAUGAAUUAAAGCCACUGACAGAUAAUCCAAAUCGUCCGUACAUUGCUGCUUCUUUCCCUGGAGAAGUCAGAUCUGAAUAUGACGUGAUGACGGGACAACCAUUUACUGAGGUAAAGGAUUCCAACAAACCGUUCACAGAUGAGGAAAUAAAAGAUAUGAUAAAGGCUAAUCCAGUAUUAAUUGAUAAAGCUCGUCAGAUCCAAAUAGCCAGUAAACAAGUCAAGCAAGUUGCUGUACCACUUGACCAGAUAAAUUUACCAUCGUAUACUCAAAUAAGAAGUGACAUAGAUUCGGCGGACGGCAAUAAAGCAAAGAUUGACAACAUCAAUUACAAGAAUAUGUACGCUUUGAUGAAUUCGGUUGAAGAUUUUAAAACUAAUAAACCAGAUGCGCCUCAAAAAGAAGACAGUUCAGAAAGUGAGGAGACUGACAAUGACGAAGAAUAUGAAGCUAUAGAAAAAAUUGUUAGUCAAUAUACUGACAAAUCCUAUGAGACACGAUUCCAGGAAACAAAAGCAAUGUUACAAAAAUUGGCAGAUGACUAUGAGAACCCAGAGUCAGGGACCUCGAAUGCUAACGAAACAAAGGCAAAUUUGAUGAAUAAUCCAAUUUUGAAAGAAUCUUCCGUUCAUGUGAUUAAAGGCCAAAUCAGAAGAACUCCGAUGCAAGAAGUUCAAGCCCAAUAUGACAUAAAUAAAGCUGUAAAUAUACCUUUGAAAGACAAUCCCGUAAGCCUUAAUCUUAAUAGAGAGGUAAAACAAAGACCUUUUAUAGACAUAAUAACAGAAGAAGAACUAACCGAAAUAGAUGUAGAAAAAGUGUUUCCAAAAACUUUUGAAGAGAGACUAAAAGAUACUCAAAAUGCUCUACAGGAUAUCAACUCAGUUUUAGAUACGUCAACAGAAAAUAAAACGAUUAAAUCUGAUAAUAAUGAUGUUGAUAAAACAGAAAAAUCAAAUACUGCAGAGAAUAACCAGCAAGUAAUAACGGGUUCUCAAAAAUUUGAUGAAAGAAUGGAACAAACUUUACAAAAUGCUUUAAAUGACAUAUUUGAUAUAGGAGAUAACGAAAACAGAGACAAUAAAGAACUUGAAUAUAAUGAAAUGAAAAAUCUUGCCCGAAAUAUUGUUGAAGGAGCUGAAAAUUUAAGCACGUUGAUUCGGGAAGACAUUACUAACAAAUUGAAUAGCAUGAAUGAGUUAUUGAACGAUGUCAAUGAGGCUUUGGAAAAUUCGAAGAAAUCAAAUAUUGCUUAUCAAAACAUCAAAGAAGAAGGAGAACGGUUAAGAAAACAACAUGGUAUGAUAGCAGAAUCAAUUAAACCUGUUGAAGGCAAGGAAGUCACAGAAGAUAAUAUUGACACAAAUGUAACUGAAAAUGUAGAUGGGAUUUCGAAUAUAUCAUGUUCUCAAAUAGAUGACAUUAAUGAUUCCAUCAAUAGAUUAAACGUUGAAUUGAAAACACAUGAAGAAAGAAUAAAUCAAAGUAAAGAGCGGUAUGAACAGAGAAACAAAGAAUGUAAGACAUUCAUCAAAGAAGUAGAUGAAUUAUUACUGAAGUCUCGUGAUGUUUUACACCCUAUGAAAGUAAAUUCUAAUGAAGCCACCACCAGUCUUUGUGAUGAUGAAAAGAAGAAGUUGCCACCUCCACCAGAAGUGCCAAUGGAUCCAGCAGUUGAAGAAAAAAGUGCAAAAAUGAGGAAAGAAUGGUGGGAUGUAGACUUGAGUAAAGUCACAGACGAGCGUAAUAAAAAAUUAGAAGAGUUCAAAAAACAAGAAGCGGAAAGAAACAAACGUAUAGAUGGUCUGCUUUGUGAUAUAAAACAUAAUAUGAAAGACAACAAAGAGGUGUUAAGGCUUGCAAACACUUUGCUACGAAGGGAAGAAUCUCGAAAGAAACCGUUGCAAGAGAGUUGUAAAAUCCGUGAGUUGCCUUCUGUUGAAUCGGAUGUGAAAGGUCAAGGGGACAGUGCUAAAAUCACUGAUGCUGAUAAUAAUUUGAAUGAGCUAAAACAAUCUAUUACGCCAACGACACCAGCAGGAAUGCCACCUACGGAGGGGGAUCCAAGAAGAAUUCUAAACACGUCAGUAGAAAGACAGAUGCAAAUAGAAGCAAGGAAGGCCGAAGAAGCAGAGAAAGAGAAACAGAGGCAGUUGGAGUAUAAGAGGAAGUUUGAAGAAGAGAUGGAAGAGUUGAACAGGGGUCCGCGGAUGACGAAGGAGUUCAUAAGGAACCACUGCAAGCAACACAAAUUGUACUGCACGCCGUAUCUGAAUGAUAUCCUUUAUUUGCAUUUUAAGGGUUUCUCCAAAAUCGAAAAUCUUGAAGAAUACACUGGGCUAAAAUGCAUAUUCCUUGAAAACAACGGCAUCCAACGUAUCGAAGGUCUGGAAACGCUGUCAGAGCUGAAGUGCCUCUACCUUCACUACAAUGUUGUCAGGAAGAUUGAAAACUUGGCCGGGUGUCCCAAGCUGGACACAUUAAAUUUGGACCACAAUUUCGUGGGCAAAAUUGAGAAUUUGGACGUGGUCCCAGACUUGCAUACGCUGAGUAUUGCUCACAAUAUGCUCAGUUCUUUCGAUGACCUGGAACAACUACGAAACUGUCAAAACUUAUCAGUUUUGGACCUGUCGUACAAUAGACUGGAGGACCCGCUCAUUGUCGAUGUGUUGGCUGACAUGGUGAUACUCAAAGUGUUGGUUCUAACCGGUAACCCUGUGGUGCGCAACAUCCCCGCCUAUCGGAAGACGCUGACGCUCCGUAUCAAAGAGCUGCAGAACUUGGACAACCGGCCGGUGUUCCCGAGGGACCGCGCAUGCGCUGAGGCGUGGCAGAGGGGUGGGGUGCAGGAGGAGAUUGCUGAGAGGAGAAGAUGGAUAGCCAGAGAACAAGAGAAAGUGAAUCAAAGUGUCAGGUACCUGAUUCGCAUGAGAGACGAGAAGAGAGCUAUCAGAGACGCCAAGGAGAAGGAAGAGAGGGAGAAACUUGGACUUCCUCCUAAGGAAGAAGAACCAAAAGCUAACGCAAAAGAUGAUGUAACAAAAAAACUUGAAGAACCUGAAGGCCCGUCGAUUUUGGAUCAGAAAUUCGGUCCAGUUGAGGUGAAAGUCAAAGAUGGCGUCGCGGUUGACAUGCUGACUGGCUCUGAGGCUGAGGAUAGCACGAGCGAGGAGAGUAGUGUAGACAGUGGAGAUGACGAUAAAGAAGAUGGAACUUCAACAAAUAUGAUCGAAUGGUCGCAUAUGGAACGUGGUAAGAAUCUGGUGCAAGAAGUUAAACAUGACAACCCUCCCCCUCCCCAAGAUGACUAUUGGGGUGGAUUCAAAGGUCUCCCGACUCCUUCCACAAGCCAGGGCGAUGAUUUUAUGUCCAACUUCUCGGCUUUGGGCAAUUUAAUAUUCAAUCAACAACCACAUAUUACAAGAAAGAAAGAAUCUCAAGUACUUGCAGAGCAUGGAAUGUCAAAGAAAUCAAAACCUAAACCAAAAGUGAGUGAAGUAAUAGAAGAAAAAGCACCAAUAUCACACGAAGCGAAGAAAAAGCCUAUGAUAGAAAUCAUUGAGCCAGUAGAACAAACAAACUCUAAUAUAGAUGAAGAUAAAGCUGCUGUCUCAGAAAUAAAAUCUCCAUCCGGUAUAACAGAGGAGGAAAAUCUAAUUAUUGAUCAUGAUAAUAAAAUUGCAACAGUAAAAGAACCAAAGGCUAGCAUAAUGAAGAAGAGUUCUAUAGGAAAGAGUAAUAAACCACUCAAGAAAGUUGUUAUUAAAGAAAUAUGUCAAGAGGAGAUAAAAAAUAACAAAGAAGCUCCUAUAAAUGUUGUCAAAAAUGAAAACUUUGAAGAAAAGAAAAUAGGUAUUGAAGAAAUUGAUAGAAAGGAGACAACAGUUCCCAUAGAAUCUCCUGAAAGUGAUGUCAACGCUGAAAAUAAUCAAGAAGAGAAUAAAAAAGACAAUUUUAGUGAAAAAGAAGAAAGAGACAGUCUGCCUAGCAGUUCUGGUGAUGGACAAAGUGAAAAAAAGAGCGAUAAAGCACAAUGCAGUUCAGGCGAUGGAGUAAGUCUGAUAAACUAUAUGCACAGCGUGAAUUCAGAAAAUUUCGAUGACGAUGAAGAUUUGAAGCCUAGCGCAGAAGACUUGGAAAUAUUUGCUGAAUUGGAUCGGGAGCAGGAAGAAAGACAGGCGAGGAUCGAUAGAGGGGAACCUGCUGUUGAUCCUAUGAAACUAUACCACAAGAAGACGAUGGACGCAUUUUAUAAAGCACAAGAAUGCGUGCCAGCUCAUGAAGUUAAGGAGAAGGCGACGUUCACUACAUAUAGGAACGACAAUGCCUUUGACAGGAUCGCUCUUAGCCAAUUGACUGGUGGAGAUAAACCUGAUGAGAAUAAAGUGAAACUCACCCGCGUUCCUGGAGCGACCCUUUAUCAGUACAUAGAGAAUCAAGCACCUGACAAUAAUGUGCAGUACGAGAUUGGAGAAGAGGUCGUAGACUCCGCCCCAUCGUCCGGCGAAACAGAUUCGAUUAACGUUUCAACCGAUAGUAGCUCUAGCGAAGACAAUGUCGAUGUGCAAAUAAGGAAUAUCAAUCGAACAUCCUAUAGACCUUCUACAGCUACCAAGAAGGCUGGUGGUAUUGAUGAUCAAGAAGCAAAGGAUGAUAAAAAUGAUAAUGGAAGCGGUGAUGCCGUUGUAAUGGCUGAUAGUGCAAUUGAUGUUAAUCCUAGUACUAAAGAAUUGGCUGAGAAAGUCAAUAAGCAAGAUAUCCCUUCAACUUCCAACGCAGCAGAAAACACAGAGCAGGAAGCUGGCGUGAAGAAAUCUAUUAUAAACACUAUAAAUUCUUAUGAAGAUGAUAGAUACCCUUCACAAGGGGUUAACUACUCAAACAUGGAUGAGAACGAAAGGAUCGAUCAAUCGGUUGCCUCGGAGAUCCUGAACAAAACCUUGCAGUACGAAGAGCGAGAGAUGUACCGACAGAUUGAUGUUCUGAACAACCACGCGGGCAAAAUUGAUAACAAAACAAAUGCUAUUAUUGAACAUAUAUCUGGCCAGUUGGAAAACGAAUAUACUUUGCCAGAAGUAUCGAGAAUCCUGGAAGCGCACAUGGAAGUAGCAGAACAAAGAUGGCGCGCUGGAGAGUUUGUAAACUAUGUGCCUGUUAGCCCUCCAGGUUCGGUGGUCGAUGAUAAUGAAAACGAAAAUGAAGACACCCUCAUACCAAGCCAUGAUACUUCUCUUGAAGAUACACUGACUGACGACAGAGUAAAUACUAUGGUCAAGAUUAACGAAGACGAUGGAGAAACGGUUGAAAAUUAUACUGACGAUGACAUGAAAGUAGCUACUAAUAAUGCUGUGAAUGAAUGUGAUGAUUGUGAAAUAAAGCAAACAGAUUGUCCUAAUGAUGAAACAGAGUCAAACAUUAAAGCUGAAAAUGUAGAAAGUGGUAUUGUUACAGAAGAAGAAUUCAAUGAUUCUAAAGCUGAAUUCCAUUCGUUUAUUGAGGAAAAUGAAACAUUAGGUGAUGAUGAGGUAUUUGAAGAUUGUGUUGAUGAUGAAAAGGAUACGUUUGAUUGUGUUGAUGAAACGUAUUCGAUUGAAAUGAAGUUGGCAUUGGGCCUCGAAGAUAUAAAAUAAUAUUAUCUAAAUCUAGAAAUUUAUUUUAAUGGAUAUCUAAUAAUUUAUGACACUAUAAAUCCUUAUUUAAUGUAUUAAUUUUUCGUAUAUAUGAGAUAGUAUUUUUUAGUUAGUGUUCUAUUUAAUAGUGCAAGUGUGAUUUUAGAAUGAAAACACAAUGUAACGUAUUAUAAUAUAUAUUUUGGUAUUACUAAAAUACAAUUAAUUUAUUGCACCUACGAUAAAUAAUAAUUAAACAUUUAUAUAAAAAUAUA